AUGGGAAAGUUACUCUUUACAACUCCAUUUUGCCUUUAACAUUUUAAUGUAAAACAUGAAUGUUUUAUUCUGUUUGAAUUCAGUUAUGUUUGGGGUACAUUUCCUUUUUUAAUGCGGUAUUCUUGGAGAUUGUAUAAGUAAACGAUUGUGUUGUAAUUUUAAUCUCAGAGAUCAGGACUAUCUGUAUUGUAGAAAAAGAAAAGUAAGGAUAUUUUUCAGUUGAAAAGAGCAUUUUUCAUGAUCUAAGUUAUGGUCCAUCAAAAUAGAGUAUUAAUUUGCAAUUUUGCUUAGUCCAAAUAAGAUUAGAGAAGCACCUAAACAUCUGUCCCUAGUUACUGAUUGGAUCCACAGUUACAGGUAGUCUUCAUUAAAUAGCACUAUUUGCACUCAAAUCGAUUUGGUCAAAAACCACGUGUAGUAGUUUAUGGUGGAAAAAUGACAUUCUUUGCCUCAGAGUUGGGGAGGAAGGUAAAAAAUUACACUUGUGUUUUUUAAUAGUUCUGAUUUAAGAAUUUUACCUGUUUGUGACUUAUUUGGUUCUUUUUUUAAGACACCCUUUUGAAAUAAAUGGUUUUUUUUUUUUUUCUUCUUUGCAGGUAUAUAAUCAAUUUUAUGCUUCUUUGCCAAAAAUGAAGGAAAAAAUACUUCUGUUUUAAAAACCGUUUUUUAAAAUAUUGUAUGUGGUGAGAAUUCUUGAACCACUUAGUGUUACACACCCAAAUGUGUAAUCUGUACAUGUGUACGUGAUUGUCACCUUAGACAUGACUGAAUUGGUGGGCAUAUUGUUUUGAGUGUUUGGCACAAGUGAUAUUGUUUGGACUGAAAAUACAAGACUUGUUCUUAAUUGAAAAGAAUGAGUUAUUGAGGAUAUCUUCUGAUAAAUUUGUUCUAAGGGUAGUUCCAUCUACUGGUGGCUCUUAGGGAUGUAACAAAAAAUAUGAUAUGGAACUUGUUUUGAGUCAAAUUGUAGUCCUAGACGUAUAGCCUAUGUUCUCAUAAAACAUCUGUACUGGAGGGAGAAGAGAGUAGGAAUAUAGCCAUCAACUGAUUUCAUAGAACCAGAAUUUUGGACCUGGAAGGAAUCUUCAGGACUUGUAGUCCAACCUUUUCCUCAUGAGGAAACUGAGUCCCAGAGACUUAACUAAAUUUACCAAGCCCUUGUAUCUAGUUAGAGGGGCAGACCAGAACUGUUUUCUCCGUAAGGUAUUCUCCAUGUAUUCCCGAGCAUCAGGCCUAGAGUCAGCUAAAAUUCAGGACUUCCAGCUUAGUCCAGUGUUUUCCCCUUUUAUACUUUGCUGAUUGCCCAUAGUUUAGGAGAAUCUGAAAAAAUCCAUUUGCCAAACAAAUUAUAGUCCUGUGGCUUUCACAGCAGUCUCCUAUAUAUCUGGGUGGUCCUGCAGCAAUCGAAUGAAGCAGAUAAAUGAAUUUGUAGGGUGAGUGGCUGGUCUAGUCCUGGCUUUAGGUAUUUGGGUCUUCUUGAUGGACCAUCUUCUUCCACAGGGAGGCUGAGACCUGCUUGCUCCAAAUCCAUCAUAGUUCCAGCGAAAAUGUUAUCAGGUCACUGUGGGCCUUUUUGAGUACUGAUUUGGGGUGGGUUGCGGAAAAACUGCUUAUGUCAAGUGAACAGCCCCCCACGUGCGUGUAUGAUACUGGUUUUGUUACUGGAGUAUUUUCAUAGUCUUGAUUCCUUUUUUGUCAGUUAACUCUUUUAAAAGUUUAGCCUGGUCAUGUGGGAGUGUAAGUUAUUAGGAGAGUGAAAACAGGUGGCUCUUCAGGUGUUUCCUGUCCGUGGGGUGGAGUCUGUCCAAGCAGUGAUGGGAGAGGAGCUGGGGUGCUACUUUGGGCCUUCUUAAUUGUCCCAGAGCUGAGAGAUUUAUGUUAACUCUGUCAGACGAUAAGGCUGAUAUUUCAAGUUCUAAGAGACCUAAUUUGGGUUUGAUGAGCUUCUGUAGAUAGCACCGUGAGUUUAAGCAGUAUGGCUACUAAUGAUAAUGAUAAGUGAUACUUAAUCAGUGAAUUUUAAAAUGGCCAUCUAUUUGUAGUUUUAAAAGAUUCCUAAAUAUUGUAUCUUCUUUUACUGUUUAGUUUAUCCCUUAUGCUUUGGUUAGUGGAACUCAGUUUGCCUGCACCUUCCACUAAUGUAACUAAAUUUUAAGCAUGUUAGUGUUAAAUUUAUGUAUCUUACCAUACUCUGCUCUUUGGGGACAUGCCCACUGUUCAGUAUUUGUGAAAUUGAUAAAUUAAAAUUUCAAAGACAGUUUAAAGUUAGUAAUUAUUGUAAAAUCCCUAUUUCAAGUGUUUCUAUUUCAAGGGACUCAUUUUUAACCUGUGGUGCUAUAGCAUUAAGUGAUGACCUCUGUACUGGUAAUUAUAGUAGUCAUGUGACUGAAAAUCAGCUAGGCACUGAAGCUGCACAUUCUGGGUGUUGGUCUUAGUUUAUUGAUGCUUCUUCCACAUGAUUCUGAAUACAUGUUUAUAGCUAAUAAUCAUCAAAAUGUGAGAGCUGAGUUUGUAGUUUGUACCAAAUUGAACUUGAUUUUUUUUUCUUUUUUCAAGUGGGUGGGUAAAAUAAAUAUGUUUAAGCAUAUUUAUCAUGGUAUCUUAAUAUUCAAGUAAAGGGAAAUACGAGAACAUAAGCAGACAGUGAAUUAAGUUUGGAGUGGAGUGAGUGAAGGGAAAAGUGGGAAGGAAGGAUGAGAUUGGAAAGGUGAGCAGGGGACCAGAUCAUGUAGAGCCUUUGGGACAUGGAAGUUCUUUGGGUUAGUUCUGAUGUGGGAAGUCGUUAAAUGUUUUUUAGCAGAGAAUGACAUGAUCUGAUACUAAACAAACAAAACUAGAAUCACUUAUUGUGGAUAGGAAUAGAUAUAUGUCCGUUCUGACUUUAACCAGUACUCUAAUAUUGAUCAAAUCUGACAAAAAUAUUAGGAUUUCCUAAUAUUCUGAAUUCCUUGAUCUAGUGACUUCAGCCUGUUUUUAUUAAGUAAUUGGUUUUCCGAUAGUUACCUUUCAACCUGUAAUUUCUCUGUAAUCAUUACAUUAGAAAGGAAAUGUAACUUGAUAAAAGAAGUCAUUAAAAUGUUCAUGGUAUGAUAGAAUAAUUUGGAAAAGGGUAGCGGUAAUGGUUGUACAACAUAAAGAAGAUAAUCAAUGUCGCUGAAUUGUACACAUAGAAAUCGUUGAAUUGAUGAAUGUUUCGUUAUGUAUAUUUUCACCACAAUUGAAAGUAAUGUCCAUGGUAGAGUUUAGGUGAUGGGGUACAGGUGUUCCUUAUAAAAUUCUUUCUACUUUGCUGUGUGUUUGGAAGUUUUCACGAUAAAAUGUUGGGGGAAAUUAAUUUACGUAGAAUUUAUCAGUCGUUUUGAUUUUUGCUUUUAAAAAGGGCAACACUAAUUUAUAAUAUUCAGAAAAUAAGGGUGAUUGUGUACAUUUUGUGUUAAGUGAAUGGAGGCCAAGAAUUGUAUAAAUAGGAUAAACUUUAUGGUAUAUCAGUUAGAAAUUCUACACUUUUUUCUUCUCCUGGACUCUAAAUUACUUAAUGGAACUGUGGGCAAGUCCAUUUACAUCUGUGCUUUGUUUUUUCCAUGUAAAACGAAUAGACAUAAUUCAUGAUUUUUUUUUUUUUAAGUGCCUUUCAUCUGAGAAGUUCAAGGUACUUUGUAGAACUUCUGCCACACAGGCGGUGCAUCUCGCAGCACAUUUGUAAGUGAUGGCUGCCAUCAGGAAGAAAUUGGUGAUUGUGGGUGAUGGAGCUUGUGGCAAGACCUGCUUGCUCAUAGUCUUCAGCAAGGAUCAGUUCCCCGAGGUGUAUGUGCCCACAGUGUUUGAGAACUACGUGGCAGAUAUUGAAGUGGACGGAAAGCAGGUGGAGUUGGCUUUGUGGGACACAGCUGGGCAGGAAGAUUAUGAUCGUCUGAGGCCCCUCUCCUACCCAGACACGGAUGUUAUACUGAUGUGUUUCUCCAUUGACAGCCCUGAUAGUUUAGAAAACAUCCCAGAAAAAUGGACCCCAGAAGUCAAGCAUUUCUGUCCCAAUGUGCCCAUCAUCCUGGUUGGAAACAAGAAGGAUCUUCGGAAUGAUGAGCACACAAGGCGGGAGCUAGCCAAGAUGAAGCAGGAGCCGGUAAAACCCGAAGAAGGCAGAGACAUGGCAAACAGGAUUGGUGCUUUUGGGUACAUGGAGUGUUCAGCAAAGACCAAAGAUGGAGUGAGGGAGGUUUUUGAAAUGGCCACGAGAGCGGCUCUGCAAGCCAGACGUGGGAAGAAAAAAUCUGGGUGCCUUGUUUUGUGAAACCUCGCUGCAAGCACAGCCCUCAUGCGGUUAAUUUUGAAGUGCUGUUUAUUAAUCUUAGUGUAUGAUUACUGGCCUUUUUCAUUUAUCUAUAAUUUACCUAAGAUUACAAAUCAGAAGUCAUCUUGCUACCAGUAUUUAGAAGCCAACCAUGAUUAUUAAUGAUGUCCAGCCCCUCUGGCCCACCAGGGUCCCUCUGACACUUGCUCUAACAGCCCUCCUCUGCACUCCCACCUGACACACCAGGCGCUAAUUCAAGGGAUUUCUUCUUGCUUCUUUCUAGAAAGAGAAAAAGUUGGUAACUUUUGUGAAUUAGGCUGUAACUACUUUAUAACUAACAUGUCCUGCCUGUUUUUCUGUCAGCUGCAAGAUACUCUAGUGAGUCACCACUUCAGAACAUUCCUCCUAAAUGGGUUUCAUUGGCAUAGCUCUGAAGUGGGCAUCCAGUUUUUUGAAAAUGUGCUCAGCCAGAAAGGCCCAAGUCCAUGCAGCUGUGGCAUAGUUACAGUUCUGUGGUUUCAUGUUAGUUACCUUAUAGUUACUGUGUAAUUAGUGCCACUUAAUGUAUGUUACCAAAAAUAAAUAUAUCUACCCGAGACUAGAUGUAGUAUUUUUUGUAUAAUUGGAUUUCCUAAUACUGAUAUUUGUCAUCUCCGCAGAAAGUGUAUUGGUUUUUUAAAAAAGAAAGUGUAUUUGAAAAUAAAGUCAGAUGGAAAAUUCCUUUUAAAAAUUCCCGUUUUGUCAGUUUCUCUGAUAAAAGAUGGCCAUAUGACCCCUUUUCAGCCCCACUUAUCCUAGUGCCCCCUCCCCAGAGCUGGGCUAAGUAUAUAGGAAUUUGGUUUCACACCUGAGGCAGUUAGACACUUUGGAAGGUGGUGUAACCUGUCUAACCUGGACUGCAGGGUCUGGCUCUAGUUCACAGUGCUUUCUCCACUAUGUCCAGGUUCCCUCCCAGAGGAGCCACCAGUCCUCUUGGGCGGCACUCAGUUUCUCUCUUCUCUCCAGCUGACUAAACUUUUUUUCUGUACCAGUUAAUUUUUCCAACUACUAAUAGAAUAAAGGCAGUUUUCUAAACUUCCUGUA